AUGUUUUACUCCACCCUCGUUGUCUCUGCAAUUGCUUUCUCAGGUCAGGCACUUGCUGCCAACCUAACAUCCACUUCUCCAGCAGACGUCGCUGCUGCUCGCAACAGUGCCUUGACACUUAGCCCGACCAGCAAUGUCAAAGGCAAGGUGUUCGACCGCUUCGUGACUAUCUGGCUCGAGAACACCGACUAUGACAAGGCUGCAAGCGACCCCAACCUCGCCUGGCUGGCUAAGCAAGGCAUCACACUAAGCAACUACAAUGGAGUCACUCACCCCAGUGAACCCAACUAUGUCGCUUCUAUCGGUGGUGACAACUUUGGCAUGGACAACGACGACUUCAACCAGAUUCCUGGCAAUGUUUCCAGCAUUAUUGACUUGUUGGAGGAUAAAGGUAUCGCUUGGUCACAAUACCAAGAAGACAUGCCAUAUUCCGGUUUCGAAGGAAAGGCCUGGAUCAACCAGCAAACCAAGGCGAACGACUACGUCAGAAAGCACAACCCUGCUGUAAUCUACGACGCCAACACCAGUGCUGAUAGACUGGCCAAGAACAAAAACCUGACCCAGUUCUACAGCGACCUUGCGGCCAAGAAACUUCCCCAGUGGAUUUUCAUCACCCCGAACAUGACUUCAGACGGCCACGAUACUAGUGUCACCACUGCCGGUGCCUGGACGCGCAACUUCCUGGAGCCUCUUCUUGACGACAAGCACUUCAUGAAGAACACGCUCGUCCUUGUCACGUUUGACGAGUCCCAUACCUACACCUUGCAGAACCAGGUCUUCAGUGUUCUUCUCGGUGACGCAGUACCCAAGAAGCUUGUUGGCACCACCGACUCUCAAUACUACAACCACUACUCUGAGAUUAGUACUGUCGAGGCAAACUGGGACCUACACACUCUUGGUCGCUGGGACGUUGGUGCCAACAUUUUCUCUUUCGUUGCUGACAAGACUGGUGACGAGAACACCCCAUGGCCCGCUGCUUCCGGUCCCAACAGCAGCCACUUCUUCAACAGCUCUUUCUCUGGCCCCUUCAGCGAUGCCGACAGAGUUGCCACUCUUCCCGUUCCUAACACCAAGCUCGUCAGAAACGGUCGCAAGGUUCUCGGCAAGAUCGCUCGUACUUGGGGCGAUGCUUCGUUGCAGAGCCAGACUUACUACCAGAACACCGUCCAGAUCCCUGACGGUAUGCAUCCUCCCCAGGGCUGGUAA